UAUAAGAGUGAGAAAUUAAGAUAUUGGAGAGAGAGAGAGAGAGAGAGAGAGAGAGAGAGUUGUGCUUUUGCCUUCUCUUUGAGGUAUGGAUCAACAAGAACUGACUAAAAUGGGGUGGUGUCUCCCGGUGCCUUGUGUUCAAGAGCUGGCAAAGGAGCCACUGGAUACGGUUCCACCAAGAUAUGUGCGGCCGGAUCAAGACCCCCCAAUCAUAUCAACUACUUCCUCUUUGCCCCAACUGCCUGUCAUCGACUUGCAGAGCUUACUUCCCAACGAAUUCAUGGACUCGGAGCUGGAGAAGUUGCACCAUACUUGCAAAGAAUGGGGUUUCUUCCAGUUGAUAAACCAUGGGGUGAGCACUUCAUUGUUGGAGAAUUUGAAGUCAGGCGUUCAAGAAUUCUUUAAUCUCCCAAUGGAAGAGAAGAAGAAGUUUUGGCAACAUGCAGGAGAUCUUGAGGGAUUUGGGCAGGCCUUUGUUGUGUCUGAAGAGCAGAAACUUGAUUGGGCAGACAUAUUCUACAUGAUCAGUCUCCCAACCCAUUUGAGGAAGCCCUAUUUGUUCCCCAAGCUCCCUCAGCCACUCAGAGAUACCUUAGAAGCUUACUCAGUUGAAUUAAAAAGUCUUGCCUUGAAAAUCCUCGACCUCAUGGGAAAAGCUCUCAGAAUGGAAGCUACGGAUAUGAAGGAGUUGUUCUAUGAAGGGUGGCAAAGCAUUAGGAUGAAUUAUUAUCCUCCAUGUCCACAACCAGAGCUUGUCAUUGGCCUCAAUUCUCACUCUGAUUCUGUUGGCCUAACAAUCCUCCUACAAGUCAAUGAUAUGGAGGGUCUCCAGAUUAGAAAAAAUGGGAUGUGGAUUCCUGUCAAACCCCUCCCUAAUGCCUUUGUUGUCAACAUUGGAGAUAUCCUCGAGAUGGUAACAAAUGGUUUAUAUAAAAGCAUUGAGCAUCGAGCGACGGUUAACUCCGAGAAGGAGAGACUCUCUAUUGCUGCAUUUUACAGCCCAAAGUUGGAUGGGGAGAUAGGACCAGCAUCAAGCCUUGUUACAGUACAGAGACCAGCAUUGUUCAAAAGAAUAGGUGUUGCUGAAUACUUCAGGGGAUUUUAUUCACGCGAACUCCGUGGCAAAUCAUACAUCGAUGCCAUGAGGAUCCAAAAUGAGGAAGAUGAAAAAAGUCAAUAAGUGCCAUGUAAUAUGAAUUAAUAUGAAGAAAAAAAAAAUGUCAAUAAGUGCCAUUUAAGUACCUUAAAAGGAGGUAGAUAAAUGGAUUGUCUAUUCAAACAUCAUACUGAUGUAUGCAAAUCAGAUUGAGACGAAUAUGAAUAUGUACAAAACAAC